AAGACUAGCUCCAUUUCCAACUUGAUUAAUGCAAAUCAAACAGAAGAAGAAGAAGAAGAUUACGAAACAGAUGUGAACACAUCGACUGCAGGCGCUUCCAUGACCACUUCAGUGUCCAAUGGAACUACUGCCACGAGUAAUGGAGAUGAGACCAAAGCUUCCGGUAAAAGAAAAAAGAGAAAGUACACAAACUCAACUGUACCAAAAUGUAGACAUUUAAAAAAGUCUGAUGGUGAGCCUUUCUGGAGAAAGGAUAUCCAAUACGACUUUUUAAAGGCACUCUUUGAUGACGAAACUGCUUGCUUCACCAACAACUUUCCGUUUUGUGAAGUCACCAACGCCAACAAUGAUGCCAAAAUCCCGUUUUCUGAUCUCUAUAUUCGUACUUUAGUGGAGUCCAGUAAAUGCUCCAAAGUCUUGAAAGAAAGAAUGAUCAGAUAUAAGGAACUGGGAAAAUCCGUCAGCAAGGUUUGUUUACUUGUCAACGCAGGCCGUAUGAAUACUACCAUCAACUUUGUUCCAGAAAUGAGAUCUACCUUGAGAACAUACCAUUCUAUUCCUUCCUUACAAGCUGACCCUCAAUUUGGUGGUUCCAAGCCUCUUCAGGAUACUCCUAGAUUGAAAUCUAUAUUGAAAGCUGUUUGUGAAGAUGAGAAUAUACCCAAAGACCUAGACGAAAUAUUGGAACAUCCAGCAGCAGAGAAGCCCAACACCAACAUCAUCCAGAUCAUCUUCUUGCUCAGCAACUAUGCCCAUGGAAUUCCCAUGUUCGAGGCAGACGCUGCGUCCAAUAAUUUUUCUGAGUUCUUUUUGAAUUCAAAAAUACACCCUGCUAACAGGGCCAAACGGAUGCUUUGGUUGUUAUACACCUAUUUGGAGACAGACUUUACGCCAGAACAGCUUGAAAAGAACCCAUUCGGUGGAAAGACUAUUCCUCCUGUGGAACUUAUUCCUGAAGAUGAAUUGGCCAAGUUCGAUAAAGACACAGAGUUCGAAAUAGAAUACUCUGAAAAGAUGUUACAGACCAGAAUUAGAUAUCUCAAUGAUGAAGAACACAACAAUUCACCUAAAAGAGGAAACAAGGCUAAGAAGUUGGAAAAUGAGGACGAGUCAUUUACUGAUGAUAACGAAAAUGAAGACCAUGAGUUGAAAACAGAAAACGGCGAAAGAAAAAGAAACUUGGCAUUACAUCAAACGUUAGUACCCUCACCAUUGGCAAAGAAUGUAAUUACAUUCUCCGAUGACAGUGACGAAACGGUCGGAACUGGUGAUUUCUUGAAACAUCAGAACAGCAAAUUAAAGUCCAAUAUCGAAGUGCUUCAAUUUCCAAUUGACGAUGUGGACGAAUUGAUCAAGGAAUAUUGCCAGUCUCCAAGAGUACCAUCUCAUCCCGAUGAUCACGUAGCUGUAGAUACAUACCAUCACAUCGUAGAGCUGUCGAGACCAGUGGUGCGACAAGUGCGUACAUCUUCCAAAGCCAGCACUGCUUCCUUCAACAAGAAGACUACCAUUUUGGGUAACUGGCUCUAUAGAUAUUUCCGAUACAAAAAGUCCAUUGGGAAUAAAUUGCUUGGAAUGGAAUGGGAAGAUAUUCGUUACGAUUUGAUCAAUGGACUUGAAAGCUACUUGUACCAGAAGUUUGGGGAAUCCCUCAAGGCUAAUGAACUUGCCAAAGAAGCUGAUGAUGAAGCUGAACAACCAAAUGCUCAUGCAGGUGCCAAUGACUCAACUGCAGUGACUAAGAAGGACGAUAAUAAGUUCGAGUACUUGCCCCUUCACGAUUUCGACAGAGCCAACGAGAAAACAAUCUUCAUUUUGCAGUUGACUACGUUCUGUAACGAAUGGUUCAUCGAACGUUUGAGCAAUCAGUUCUACCAUACGAGGCAAGGUGAACUAGAUGCUAUUUCGUUUGAUUUUGAAAAUGAGAACGUUAACUUUUCAUUCUAACAACAUCUAUUGACUCUAGAAAGAGAUCUUUUCUAUCAAAACUAUGUAUAGAGCUACACUUAAAUAGUGACAAUGCAUAAAAACAAACUUAAUUUU